CAAUGUCUGGUGAAGAACAGGAACCAAGGAGCUACUAUGUGGGCGUGGACGUUGGAACUGGCAGUGUUCGUGCUGCUCUUGUGGACCAGAAGGGGCUUCUCAUGGCUUUUGCAGACCAGCCAAUUAAAAAGUGGGAACCUCAGUUCAACCAUCACGAGCAGUCCUCCGAGGACAUUUGGGCUGCGUGCUGUGUUGUCACAAAGAAAGUUGUACAAGGAAUUGACUUAAACCAAAUUCGAGGACUUGGAUUUGAUGCCACGUGUUCUCUAGUUGUUUUGGAUACGCAGUUUCAUCCUUUACCAGUAAACCAUGAAGGGGAUGCCCAUCGAAACAUCAUCAUGUGGUUGGACCACCGAGCUGUGAGUCAGGUCCACAGGAUUAAUGAAACCAAGCACAGUGUCCUUCAGUAUGUCGGGGGUGUGAUGUCUGUGGAGAUGCAGGCUCCAAAGCUUCUGUGGCUUAAAGAGAACUUGAAAGAGACUUGCUGGGAUAAAGCAGGACAUUUCUUUGAUCUCCCAGACUUCUUAUCUUGGAAGGCAACAGGUGUCAUAGCACGAUCUCUGUGCUCGCUGGUAUGCAAAUGGACAUACUCAGCCGAGAGAGGCUGGGAUGACAGCUUUUGGAAGAUGAUUGGUUUGGAAGACUUCGUUGCAGAUAAUUACAGCAAAAUAGGAAACCAAGUCCUGCCUCCUGGAGUUUCUCUUGGAAAUGGGCUCACACCACAAGCAGCAAAAGACCUUGGGCUUCCAGUGGGGAUCGCGGUGGCAUCCUCACUCAUUGAUGCACAUGCUGGAGGACUAGGAGUGAUUGGAGCAGAUGUGAGGGGGCACGGUCUAGCAUGUGAGAGACAGCCCAUGACAUCACGACUGGCUGUCAUCUGUGGAACAUCUUCCUGUCACAUGGGGAUCAGCAAAGAGCCAAUUUUUGUACCAGGCGUCUGGGGUCCUUAUUUCUCAGCUAUGGUCCCUGGGCUGUGGCUGAAUGAAGGUGGCCAGAGUGUUACUGGAAAACUGAUAGACCACAUGGUACAGGGCCAUGCUGCCUUCCCUGAACUGCAAGCCAAGGCUGCUGCCAGAUGCCAGAGUAUAUAUGCAUAUUUGAACAGUCACCUGGAUCUGAUUAAGAAGGCUCAGCCUGUGGGUUUCCUCACUGUUGAUUUACAUGUUUGGCCAGAUUUCCAUGGCAACCGGUCUCCCUUAGCAGAUCUGACACUAAAGGGCAUGGUCACCGGAUUGAAACUGUCCCAGGACCUUGAUAAUCUUGCCAUUCUCUACCUGGCCACAGUUCAAGCCAUUGCUUUUGGAACCCGUCACAUUAUAGAGGCUAUGGAAGCAGCGGGACACUCUAUCAGUACACUUUUCCUGUGUGGGGGCCUGAGCAAGAAUUCCCUUUUUGUGCAAAUGCAUGCAGACAUUACUGGCAUGCCCGUGGUCCUGUCGCAAGAGGUGGAGUCUGUUCUUGUGGGCGCUGCUAUUCUGGGUGCCUGUGCCUCGGGGGAUUUCACUUCUGUACAGGAGGCAAUGGCAAGAAUGAGCAAAAUUGGAAAAGUUGUGUUCCCCAGAUGUGAGGAUAAAAGAUAUUAUGACAAGAAGUAUCAGGUGUUUCUGAAGCUGGUUGAACACCAGAAGGAAUAUGCUGCGAUCAUGAAGGAGAACUGAAUGGGGCCUGUGGGUGCUGAUGCCCAGAGGUUCUGUGUCAUUGCAUUAGGGACCCAUGCCAUUCCAUCCUAUAUACAAGACUCUUUAGGUAUCACAUCAUCUUUUCUGCAUUGUCUUUUAAUAAAGAGAGACAUGUCCAAUCAGAA